UAAAACAUGUACGACGCAACAUCGAGUAACAAAAAUACUUUGUUUAUUUUGCGCGUAGAAGCUACGCUUGCAUUUUAUUUCCGACGACAAUGCAUGGCGUGUGUCAGAACAAAAACAACAGGAAUGGCCUUCUGCCGACGUUAAAAUGCAACGUAAACGAACUGACUGAGGGCAAACUACAGCGAUCGCCUAUGACUUAAAGUAUGAUAAAAUAAUAGGAGAAAUGGAUGUGAAAAUUGAUGUUGAGUAUUGUGGUUCAUGUGGGCACAAGAAGCAAUUUCUUCAGUUGGCAGAGGAGAUAAAAAAAAACGUUCCCAAUGCCACUGUCGCUGGUACCGCAGGAAGACAAGCCUCUUUCGAAGUGCAGGUCAAUGAUGAGCUGGUAUACUCGAAACUUCAAACGCUCAUGUUUCCCGACUUUGCUGCAAUAGCAGAUGUGAUCAAAGAUGUAUCUGCAGGUAAACCAGUGAGAAAAGUUGACCAGCAACAGGCUGACUGUGUAAUAUUGUAAACACAUUUUAUUAUAUAUCAGGUACAGAAUAAAAUUCAUUUUAUUAAUAU